GAGGGACAGAGCGGAAGAAGAAAAGAAAGAAGCUAUGAAGAAGACGAAGACCAUCCCGUCUCGUUCUCCCGAGAAAAUCGCUACUUCUCAUUAAUCCGAUUUCUCGAACGGAAACAUCUCUCCUAUUUCUCGGUGAGAUAAGCAUGGAGCUUCCGUUGAUGUCUCUGAAUCCUUCGACGGCGUCGUUUUCCGGUAGAACCGGGCUGUGCUGGCGGACGAAGAGGCCGAGCAUGGCCGACGGGGUUAGGGUUAGGAUUCGGUUAAGGCCGGUUAGGGCUUCGGCGGAGCAGAGGAGCGGCGAGGCGAUGGAGAGGAGAGGGAGAGAGGGACAGAGCAGAAGAGGAUUCACGAGCUCUGCCAUGGAGGUCACCACACUGGAUAGCUUCAAGGAGACCGAGUUUCCGGUUUGGGAUAAGAUCGGUGCUGUUGUUAGACUCAGCUAUGGAAUUGGUAUAUAUGGCGCAAUGGCUCUAGCAGGAAAAUUUAUUUGCUCAAUCACUGGAAUUGACUGUAUGGGAGGUUUUCAUCCUUCUUUAGAUGCCAUUUUAGUAGGCCUCGGAUAUGCGGCUCCUCCGAUUAUGGCCCUUCUGUUUAUACUAGAUGACGAAGUUGUGAAGUUAUCUCCUCAUGCUCGUGCCAUCAGAGAUGUGGAGGACGAGGAGCUCCGGAGCUUUUUCUAUGGAAUGUCUGCGUGGCAGUUUAUACUAGUCGUUGCUGCAAGCUCAGUGGGAGAGGAGCUUUUCUACAGGGCUGCCGUUCAGGGAGCAUUGGCUGAAAUAUUUUUAAGGGGCACUGAUCUGGUGUCGGAUGCUCGAGGAAUGGCAUCUUUGACGGGAGUUCUUCCGCCAUUUGUUCCGUUUGCUCAGGCAUUUGCGGCUGUUAUAACAGCUGCUCUAACCGGUUCACUGUACUAUGUGGCUGCAUCUCCAAAAGACCCUGCUUACGUAGUUGCACCAGUUUUACCAUCCCGUGCUGGUCGUGAAGAUCUAAGGAAGCUUUUUGCAGCCUGGUAUAAGAGGAGGCAAAUGAAGAAGAUUUAUUCUCCGCUACUUGAAGGACUUCUCGCUCUCUAUCUCGGUUUCGAGUGGAUUCAGACGGAUAACAUUCUUGCACCCAUAAUCACACACGGCAUAUAUUCUGCGGUCGUAUUGGGACAUGGCCUUUGGAAGAUACAUGAUCAUCGGCGAAGACUACGCCAAAGAAUCCAACAACUUAAAUCAGAAGGAAAAAAUCAAAUAAAUCAAGGCGUUCGAAAUUGGGAAUAGCUAAAUGUGGAGGAGCUUUGUAAAUUACGUAGCAGAGCAAAUUAUUUGAACCAGGGGCAACUUUACAAUAUAGGGAAUUAGGGAUUUAUAUCAUAAUGUCAAAAAAACAAUGUAUACUACCAUAAGAUACGUAGAAUUUUAGCUCUUACCAAGUAUCAAUGCAAUUGUAGAUUUUUGAGCUUUUGUAUAUCCAUAACUUUUAUAAUAUGAAAGGUAACAAAAAAAAAAAGGGAAAAAAAGUUGCUAA